CUUAUCUCCUGGACUCACUUCCCUCACACUCUCUCACAUUCAGUCAGAGGGCGGGCGAGACACAGACAGAGAGAAAGCAGUAAGCAGUAAGCAAGAACAGCAUGGCGGGGCUAUGGGACUUGCAGCACGGCAGCCACUGCCAUGAAAAAACAUGGAUCAAAUUGCUGCUGUGCAGCUUGCUACAACUCAUUCUGCACUGUUUUCACCAAGGAGAAGCACAACUACAAGCUCUUACUCAGAUGUCCAGCUUGGUGGAAGUUUGGCAGGCUGAAGAAGUGGGCAUAUUAUUUCCCAUUCAGGCUGAGGCUGAGAAGAGCACGGAAGACCUUCUGCAGGAAGAAGGCUCAUCAUUUACUGUGCCAAGUGGGAGAACAUUGUACUUCCAGCCGUCAGUGCUAGACUUUGGAACACAGCUUGUGGGUCUGCCAAGGGCAGAAACAAUAUAUGUGCACAACCCCAGCCAGGAGCUGCCAGUGACACUGAUAUCAGUAUUUACAUCUAGCAGACAUUUUCACAUGCCUUCAUUCCAGAGAAGGGUGAUCAUACCCAGAGGAAAAACCUCAUUUAGGGUCAUCUUCCUGCCAACAGAAGAAGGAAAUGUAGAAAAUUCAUUAUUUAUAAAUACGUCCUCUCAUGGUGUUCUGUCAUAUCAGAUAUUUGGAGUUGGGGUAUCCAGUGGUCCCUCGAAUCUGACUCAGAAAAAUCCCAAUGUGUUAAUUUUUCCACAUAUACAAAGUAUACAGUUAACACAAACGCAGGAAUAUGCAUCUGAUACCAGCAUUCUGGGACUACAACUCGAAUGCAGUUUACUGAAUAAAAGCUACAAAUAUUCUCAGGGGUUCUCCUUUGUAACGGACAAAAAGCUUAUGGUACAAAUCAGUUUGUCUGAAAAAAGAGAAAAACAUGAAGAGUUCGAGAAGCUGAAGCAGUACAUACUGGAACAUGUUUCUGUGCUGCUUGUAAUACCAACAGGUGACAAUGGAUUGUGGGUGCCAAAGAUCAAUAUUUAUAUUUUGAAUUCAGGAGUCAAACAUUUGCAUGUAAAGGAAAUACAAAUUGUUUCAAAGACUGAAAGCACUGUAGAAUUUGAGCCUGUGCCAUUGAGUGCUUCUGCAGCAAAUUUCACACAUGUUGCCUCGGUAGUAUUUAAAGCUAACUCAUGUGAUAAUAAGAGCAAUUGCUUGGGUCAAAUCAGUCUGCAGGUACUCGAAGGCAGCUACACAUUGAAAACAUACCCAGCGUUCCUCAUCACAGAUGGUUCUGGCUAUGAACCUCCAGCUUUAUUUCACAUGAAGCAGAAACCGAAUGGAGGAGAAUUGUUGGACAUUUGGUUGACGAAUGGCUUUGACUUUAGCUUCACUGUAAAUGAUGUCAUCAGGCCCCAUGAAGUCGAAGGCUUAUUCAGGAUUGUGAACUUCAGUGGUCCAGUGACGCUGCCUCCUGGUUGCUGGAAGGUGUUCUCUUUGCAGUUCACAGCCAGGAAUGCUCCAGUGAAUGUGAUGACCAGUCUGGUCCUGGUCACUAGCGCUGGUUUCUCUUUGGAGAUACCACUGCAGAUUAGUUCCACCAUAUCGGAGGGGGAUCCAAGUAUUGAGGCCGGUGCAGAGUGCGAUAAUCAGUGUCUCCUAGGGAUACCUGCCGCAGCGGCUCCUCAGUGGCAGAAGAGCCUCCUGUUGGACUCCAGCACCUGGAAGGUAGACACCGGUCUUGCUACAGAAUUGUGCAAAAUGUGGCAAAACAGAAAGGACCUAAAGACCUGCAGCUGGCCACGACUACCAAUGGAAAGUGGUGUCACAAUGGACUUUGCUGCUACUCUGGUCAAUGACAGCAAGAUGAAGCAUUUCACACUAAAGAACCCGUCGGCUUCUCCAAUUGCUGUGCAACUUCUUCCACUGUCUUUAUAUCCGUAUCCCUUAGGAGCCCUGGAUUUACUCACAAAAUGGUUCAAGAUAAACCCACUAGUUGUUAAUGUCACUACAACCGAGUUCACAUUGAAAAAAAAUCUGGAUACCAGUGACAUUAAAAGCAUGGCUGGGGAGCGAGUGCAACAGAUCCAUUUACAACCUUGGGAGACAAAGGAAAUUGGUGUCAUUUUUACACCAGCAGAGCAUAAAACCGUAACGUCAAUCAUACUGAUAAGGAAUAACUUGACAGUGUUUGACAUGGUCACUGUGAAAGGGUUAGGUGCCAGAGAGAUGUUGCGAGUGGGAGGAAAGCUGCCAGGGCCAGGGGCCUCGCUUAGAUUCAACUUCCCGCAGUCUGCACUCAUGGAAUGUAGAAACGGGUUGAAAAACAACAAACCAUCAUAUGUCAUUCAGAAGAGCUUUAAAGUGGAAAAUGCAGGAGAGCUGCCAUUAAAAGUGAUGUCAAUGAACAUCAAUGGAUACAAGUGCCAAGGUUUUGGCUUUGAAGUACUGGAGUGUCAUUCAUUCCAGAUGGAUUACAACUCCUCCCGUGAAAUCAGCAUUGCUUUCACCCCAGAUUUUACCUCGUCCAGGGUGUUCAGAGAUCUGACCCUUGUGACAGGUCGGGGCACGUUGUUCUCCUUCACUCUUAAUGUGACUCUCCCUCAUCACAUGUUGCCACUGUGUGCACUGGUGGUUCCAGGACCCAGCUGGGAGGAGAACUUCUGGGUGGUCACCAUCAUCAUCACAUGCUUGUCAUUGUGUGGGGUGUGUUGGAUGGCCUGUCGUCAAGCCCGCUACAUUUUGACUGAAUUUUUCACACCAGGGACCAGACAUAAUCACGACUCUGCAUUAACUCAAGACAACAGCCCUGUUGAUACAGUCAGCUCCAGUUCCGCUAGGAUUAUAGGUAGUUGCAAGACAUUUGUCGAUUCAUGCAGUGCAUCAGAUAAAGGCAAAGGAAAAGGGUCUCCUGCCGUGGUAAAUGGUCCAAACAGAAGCCAGAAUGGGUCAAAAAAGAACUCGGGGGCACCUGCUCAGCCUCAGAAGAAACACAAGGUUUCUAUGUAUUAUAGUAAAUAUAAAGUGAACCCCAUUACUACUGUGGCUACUGCUCUAGAGGAAGAGUGUCUGCCAGUGAAAGAAGUGGACAACCUGGGUGACUACAUGGAUCAGGACCCAACUACCUGCAAUAAUAACACUGACGAAGACGCGGCCCUGCCAGAAAAAUCAGCACAAUGUAUUAAAGAACCUUACCAUAGUGCUAAAGACGAGGGGGAGGUGACAGCAUGUCUGGUUCCCAUGGAAACGCACUCAAACCACAAUGAGAAUCUAACAGAGACCGUAGGCAGCACACCAGUCCUCUACGCUUGCAGCUUGGAGGAGAAACUGCUCAACAACCAAGUCCCAAGAAUACAACAGUGCAGCAGUUUGUUUCCUUUUAUGGGAAAAAAGCCAUGGGAAAAAGUGGACGCCUCCACCGCAGAGCUUAGGGAAGAUGCACAGUUAAAGAGAAAGCCUCAGGAGAGAGUGGAGUUUAAUACCACAGCUGCAAGUGGAAAGGCAAGGAGGAACUCUGGGAAAAACAGAAGGAAGGUUCCGGUUUUUGUUGGAGUUCCCGAACACACUGUUGCUGUGUCCACAGAGAAGAACAGAGAUCUUGAGCGCAAAGAACCAAGAAAUUUCAACAGAUCACGAAAUCGCUGCCUAAAUGGAAAACAGGAACCUGUGACAUCAUGCCCAAAACUGGACAGCCCUCUCAAGCAGAUGCCGAAUGCUGUGUGUUUGACAAACCCAAGACGGAAGUCCCUGGACAGGAGGCUGUUCUCAGACUCUGGCUCAGACUCGGGAAGCUCGUCAGGUAGUGUGGGAGCCAGCAGGGAGAGCUGGGGGAGCUGGAGCAGCCUGGAUGGAGAGAAGGACCACAAGAGCACCAAACUGCACUGCACAACCUCCACAGCUAAAAGGGAAAAUAUUCAAAAUGGUGUUUUUCCAGCUGACAGAGGUUGUUGUCCAACACCGAACCCAAACUACAGCCUGCUGUAUCAAAUGGAGAAAACUCAAAUGCCCGAAACAGUUCCAGCCACAAACUUCACUCCCAGUUUUGCUGCUGUUGCUGCAGGUGUGGAGAGAAACGCAGGUGUUUCAAGUCCUUACCAAACAGAAGAAAUGUGGUCUGCGCCAUCAGUUCCUUUAACCACUGAUUUCAGGUACAAUCCACCAGAAAGCUUGCCCUGCAUCCCCCAAGGAACUAUUUAUAAUGGCUUUCCUUGGACUGUUAACAGCCAGUGUGCCGCUCCAUAUCCUUACUGUGAACAGAGUAGCUACUGUCCAGUGCUAGAUGGGAAUGUACAUUUCCAGAAUGCCUUCCCUGGCCAGGAGACACAGAGUCUACCCUAUGCCCCUCAACCCUGCUGGAAUGAAGAGACACAAGGCAGUACCUUAGCCUGGGAAUCAACCGGAUGUGUAGGCAGCAAACCAUACUUCUCGGGCACAAGGAGUCUGUCACCAAUGUCUAGUCUGUUUGGCUCCAUAUGGACUCCAAAGAGCGACCCAUACCAAAGCCAAUUCCAGCGCAACAGAUCAUUAUCCCAUUCGUCUGUCAGCAAAGAGCAGGCUGUGCUCUGCAGACAGAAGCAAUUUUCUAGUUUCGAUCCCUUUAGGUGCCACAUGAACCUGGACAUUUGGAAUUCCUCAUCCAGUCGGAGUUCCAACUCGCAGCUUUCCAAUGAUUCAGGAUACUGUGGGGAUGUCUAAGUGAAAUGUGAUGUUAUUAAACAAAACAAAAACAAUAAAAGACAAAUGUGAAUAUACUUUUUCAAGAUUCGUGUUGUGUAAAGUUAAGC